CUCGACACCUCCAUUCUCCCCGAGAUGGGCUCGCUUGGCCUCCUUGGGCCCACUAUUCAAGGCUACGGCUGUGCGGGCGUAAGCAGCGUCGCCUACGGACUCAUCGCUCGUGAGAUCGAGAGAGUGGACUCGGGCUAUCGCUCUACGGCAUCUGUCCAGUCGUCCCUCGUCAUGCACCCUAUAUAUGCAUUUGGAUCGGAGGCGCAGAAGGAGAAGUAUCUGCCUGCUCUAGGAAAGGGAGAACUCAUCGGCUGCUUUGGCUUGACCGAGCCCAAUCACGGCUCUGAUCCAGCGGGCAUGGAGACCACUGCCGAAGAGGCACCCGGGCAGGGUGGUUUCAUUCUCCGCGGCUCGAAGACGUGGAUCAGCAAUGCGCCUGUUGCUGACCUGUUUGUCAUCUGGGCCCGAUGCAAGUGGGACCAGAAGGUCCGCGGCUUCUUAGUUGAGAAGGGCACGCCAGGUCUAUCUGCCCCGGCGAUCAAGAACAAGCUUGCGCUGCGCGCGUCGCUCACGGGUUCUGUCUUCCUGGAUAGCGUCAAAGUGUCACAGGAGGCGCUUUUGCCAGGGUCGAGAGGCCUGGGUUCGCCGUUCAGCUGCUUGAACAAUGCAAGGUACGGCAUAUCAUGGGGCGUCAUGGGCGCCCUCGAGGACUGCAUCGCACGUGCCCGGGAAUACGCGCUCGAGCGGCAUCAGUUUGGCCGCCCGCUCGCGUCGUUCCAGCUCGUACAGAAGAAACUCGUUGACGCGCAGACGGAGGUCACCACGGGGCUGCUCGCGAGUCUGCAGGUCGGCCGUCUGAAAGAUGCGGGGAAAGUUGCGCCGGAGAUGAUCAGCUUGGUGAAACGGAAUAACUGUGGCAAGGCGCUCCAGCAUGCACGCGUCGUAAUGGACAUCCUGGGUGGGAACGCGUGCGCAGAUGAGUACCACAUCGGCAGGCAUGUAGCGAAUCUGCAGGUGACGAACACGUACGAAGAUGAUAUCCAUACCUUGAUUCUGGGCAAAGCUAUGACGGGCAUUCAGGCGUUUGCGAACUGAUCGCGCACGAGCCGUCUUACCUACUAAUCUCUGACAUGUACGGUAGCAGUCACUGGAAUGUUUCCUGGGACCCAAUGCCAUAGGGAGAGAGAAAUAAAUACAGGUGUAUUAUGCUC